AGAGUAGAUGAUCAUUUCUCUCGAUCGACCUUUUCGAGAUCGGGGAAAAUGUAAAUGGAAAUUCUUGAUGAAUUCUUAAUUAAGUGCUGGAGGAGGAAGUGAGGAAUUGUUACUGUGAAGUCAUGAACGAAAGGAAUGAAUAGUUGGACAGUUAUUUUUUUGGAAUGUCGAGUAUUAAUAGACUGUUAUUUAUUCAGCGGAACUGGACUAGAAGGUCUUAAUACAACCGGAGGAAAGUGCGAUUCGCUCUACCCUAUUGAAGAUAUUUGGAAAUUCGAAAUAUCUAAGAUCCAAAAGAGUUGGAGUCAAAUUAAGAGAAUAGCACAAGAUCGAAAUAAAUGGAGGAAUCCAUUGUGUUCCUUUGCUCUCCCGCAGAGCCAUAGGAUACAAUUAAAAUGUAUUCAAUUGCACCCCAUUUUCUGAAAUCCUAGUAGUUUUUAACGGAAAAUCUACUAUUUACCGUAAUUUUAUUCGAAACUAAAUUGCAUUCUUCCCAACAAUUCAAUACUGUGAAUUUUUUCGACAGUUUUUGAGAAACGUGCAUUCACAAUAAACUCCAUUUAUUCAGUAUUUUGGAAAGAAAAACACAGUAUUUAUUUUUAGAUAUUUAGAAGUGCAACUACAAAUCUUUGGGAGGGCAAAGUUAAGUAAGAAAAAACUGAAAGUAGCAAGCAGCUGUGUGAAAUGAACUUAAAUUAAAGCCAAAAAAGUAUUUACGCUAGAAGAAUUAGAGUUAUUAAAGCUAAAACAAGUGUUUUCCAAUUCAAAAACGUUUUCGAAAAUCCAAUUUUACAAAACCUAAUACUCACACAGUCAUACAGCAUGGAGAUGGGCGAUAUAUCUUAUCAGCAAAUUUGCAGUGCACGUACCGUGCAAUCCGAUCAGAAGGGUUUCUUCAACGAAUUCUUUUUGGAGGUGAAAGAGGGUUGCACUGAUAAGUGGUUGAAGCACUAUUUUAGCCAACUGAAGUCGAACGAAGCACGUAUAUUAUCGAUCUUUAGCGAUCGUGAGGUAUGCGAUACGGUGUUGGGUGUUUUGGAGAAUGUCGCGCCGGUCUACAAAGGCAAGGAUGCGGUGUUUUCGGUGCAGCGACGUGCUCAGGCAGAUAAAUUCAAUUUAUUGGGAGAUUUCAAACAAGCAUUGAGUCAUGCCAAUUUGGCCGUUAUGCGUGCACCGGCGAAAGAUGUGGAUCCAGCUGUGGAUAAUGGCCUCAGUUUGGCCAUGGCCUAUCGUUCGCGUGCUGCAAUUCUUAUCAAUAUGGGUAACGGCCAGGCGGCGAUGAGUGACCUCAAAUUAGCCGCAACUUAUGGUUUAGAGUUGAAGGAGAAUGCCGAUUAUUACAUUAAAUUGGCGAAAGCGUAUGCUUUAAUGGGUGAAACUGCGCGCUCGGAAAUAUCUUUGAAGAUUGCUGAGAAACUCUCUGGUAAUAAUAUUGCCUUAAGAGACGUUUUCGGCAAGGAACUGGCACUCAUAAAGCCCAGUGAAAAGCUGGAAACUGCCGUGGCACCUGCUCUGGCGAGUGGUGAAAACGCCAAUCUACGUGGCGCCUCGAAUCUAGUAAAAUUGGCUGAAACUAAAGACAGGGGACGUUUUAUGGUCGCUGGUGAUAAUUUGAAAACCGGUGAUGUUGUGCUCUGCGAGAACCCGGUUGCCGCAUGUUUAGCGCCUAAUUUCUAUGGCAGUCACUGUCAUCAUUGCUUUGAGCGGCUAAUUACUCCAGUGCCAUGUGUUAAUUGCUCUGGAAUUGCGUUCUGCUCGGCCCAGUGCAUGGGAGAGGCAUGUGACAGUUAUCAUCGUUUUGAAUGUCAUUUUAUGGAUCUUUUCAUAGGUUCCGGUAUGUCGAUACUUUGCUACUUGGCCUUACGUGUAUUCACACAAGCAUCGAGCGUAGAAAAGGCCGUCCAUGAUGCGAAUUCAAUGUAUGAACAUCUAUGUGCACACAUUGAGAGCCGACACCCUGAAGACUAUCUACAACGUUCACUGAUGGCUGGCUUCUUGCUACGCUGCUUGCAGAAAGCACAAUACUUUGGCCGUCGUAAGAGUGAAGGCGUGAAUCCCACUGCUGUUGAGUUGCAGGUUGGUGCCGCUUUACUUGGACUCUUGCAGGUUCUGCAAUACAACGCGCAUGAAGUUUUCGAGACCAGGAUUACCGAAGAACAUCAUUUUGAGGGCUCUAAAGUUGUCUAUGUUGGAGCGGCCAUAUAUUCGACAGGCGCUUAUUUCAAUCACGAGUGCUGGCCGAGCGUGGCGCGUUACUUUGUUGGAAAGAAAUUGGUGUUGACCACCAUUAAACCGCAUCAGCCGAACGAAGUGAUAGCUGAGAAUUAUGGCCCUAUUUUCACCAAAACAAAUUUGAAGGAACGUCAAAGAGCAUUGCGGGGACGCUAUUUGUUCGACUGCAAAUGCAUGGCUUGUCAAGAGAAUUGGCCCACAAUACAGAAGCUGGAUAAGCAAGUUCGUUUCCGUUGUACCACGGCGAAUUGUAUUAAUGUUUUGAAGUUUCCGAAGGAUUUAUCCAAGGAUGUGCGUUGUGCUCGCUGUCGAAAGAAUGUUUCGCUAAAAGCGAGUGUAGCGAAGAUGAUUCAAAUAGAGGAGCUUUAUCGGAAAGCCGCUGAAGACAUGCACAAACAAAACGUACCGGAAGCAAUUGCGCAAUUUAAGGAGGGUAUUGAAAUGUUUUUCGAAAUCGCAGUUUUGCCACACAAGGAUACAAUUGUUGCACAGCAUUCGUUGAUCAAGUGUUUGGCCGAUGGAGGUACCACGUUCAAAUAAGUGUUAACAGGAAUAUAACCUAUACAGAGUCUUUUUUUAUUUCUAAGCCAUUUGCAAAACUAGAAAUAAUUUAAACAAAUUUUUCAAAAUAAAAGUUAGAAAAUAUAAUUCUCAUUUGCUCUUUUAAAACUAAA